AUGCGGCCCUGCCACCUACCUGCGGCCCCGCCACCUACCAACGGCCCCGCCACCUACCCGCGGCCCCGCCACCUACCUGUGCGGCCCCGCCACCUACCUGCUGGCCCCGCCACCUACCUGCUGGCCCUGCCACCUACCUGCGGCCCCACCACCUACCAGCGGCCCCGCCACCAGCCUGCGGCCCUGCCACCUACCCGCGGCCCCGCCACCUACCUGUGCGGCCCCGGCGCCUACCGACGGCCCCGCCACCUACCUGCGGCCCCGCCACCUACUUGCGGCCUCGCCGCCUCCUCCCAGCGGCCCCGGACGCCGCCCUCUCAGCGGCCCCGCCGAGCCGCCCAGCAGCCGAGCCGCCCAGCAGCCGAGCCGCCCAGCAGCCGAGCCGCCCAGCAACCGAGCCGCCCAGCAGCCGAGCCGCCCAGCAACCGAGCCGCCCAACCGCCGAGCCGCCCAGCAGCCGAGCCGCCCAGCAGCCCAGCAGCCGAGCCGCCCAGCAGCCGAGCUACUGAGCCGCCCAGCAGCCGAGCCGCCGAGCCGCCCAGCAGCCGAGCCGCCGAGCCGCCCAGCUGCCGAGCCGCCGAGUCGCCCUGCAGCCGAGCCGCCCGAGCCGCCCUGUCCGAUGACCUGCAGCUUUUCUUACAGUGCGAUAGGGCAGACGGCCUCUUCCUCUUUGACCUCACUUCUGGUGCCUCUCCUGCCCCCGCUGCUGAUGCUGACGCCAGUGUUCGCUCACAGUGGGCCACGCGCGAUGCUGCUGCACGUCUUGCUGUGCGUCGCCACCUCCCUACCUCUGAGCGUGCGCACUUUAGCCAGUACAAGAGUGCUCAGACCUUGUACGACGCUCUAGUUGCACGCUACUCCUCCCCUGCCACUGCUGCACUGAGCCGCCUCAUGCUACCGUACCUCUUUCCUGACCUUGCUGCCUUUCCCACAGUCGCUGACCUCAUUACGCACCUCCGCACUAGUGACACUCGCUACCGCGCUGCGCUUCCUGCUGAGUUCUGCGCCAAGAACCCCCCCCCCAUGUACAUCACCCUCUACUACAUAGUCACCCGUCUCCCUGACUCCCUUCGCGUAGUCAGGGACCACUUCCUCUCAGUUUGCCCCACCACUCUCACCGUUGACCUCCUCGAGAAGGCCCUCAUAGCAGCAGAAAAGAGCAUAGUAGCUGUAGGAGCCUCUCGUGGUGACCCUCGCACCCCCAUCUUUGAGGGGUGUUCCCCCUCCCCUCUUUUGCCCUUUGUUGCCUCUGCUGCUGCGGCCGACCUCGUUGGGCUGGAGUCGGUCGCGGGGGCGGUGGAGGCGGCGGUGGAGGCAGUGGAGGGGGUGGGGGUGGUGGUGGGAGUGGUGGCGGGGGUGGAGGUGACGGCGGCUGCAGUGGAGGCGGAGGUGGCGGCGGCGGUGGCGGUGGGAGCGGAGGUGGUGGAGGUGGCGGAGGUGGAGGAGGCGGUGGCGGAGGCGGAGGAGGAGGAGGUCGUGGCUCUUCGCAGAGGAGUGGCUCCGGUGGUGCGGGGUGGGGGUACUGGUCCGUGCACCUACGUCCUGAGCACCGGCGACCGUGCGGGUGAGCAGUGUGGGGGUGCGCACCCCACCCAGCGCUGCUUUGGCGGCCUGACGGACGCUUGGCGUCACCAGUUCCCUGAGGCCACUGAGAUCCCUCGCUGGGGCGAGCUGUCUAGGGCAAGGGUAUCUAUCUUUGACCUUGACUUUGAUGCUAUUCUUGCUGCUAUGUAUACUGUCUCUAUUAGUGAGGAGGGUGACUGUUAUCGGUGUUUCCCGCCCGACCCCGGCAUUGAGACUGCUGCUCUAGGUGCUGGUGAAGCUGCUGCUCUUGGUGCUUGCGAGGCUGCUGCUCUAGGUGCUAGUGCGUCUUCUUCCUCCAGUACAGGUGAGUCUGCGCUCUCAGGUACUGCAUCGGCUUCGGCCUCCCACACCUUCACACUUGACUCGGGGGCUUCUCUCUCCUUCUUUCGAGACCGCACCACACUCACGCCGCUUGGUCGGCCAGUUGCAGUAGCUGCGUCGGGUCAGGUGUUAGCUGCAGCGUCCAGGUCUGGUCCUGAGUCUGCCGCCUGCUCGUGUCGCCUCCUGUCUCACGAGACUCUCCUCUUGCACCACCGCCUUGGUCACCCCUCCCUGCUUCGUCUCCGAAGCAUGGCCUCCCGUGUCCUUGUCUCUGGUCUUCCCCGGUCCCUCCCUCCCCUUCCUCCGGGGCCUAGCCCUACCUGCGUCCCCUGUAUCGAGGGGCGGCAGCGGGCUGCCCCUCUCUCCUCCCAGUUUCCUCCGACAGAGGCCCCGCUGCAGACGCUUCACAUGGACGUGUGGGGCCCGGCCCGCGUCCGUGGACAGGGUCACGAGUGCUACUUCCUGCUGGUGGUUGACGUCUACUCGCGUUACACCACAUUCUUCCCCUUGCGCAGCAAGGGUGAUGUCACUGAGGUGUUGAUCGACUGGAUCCGCGCAGCUCGUCUCCAGCUCAGGCAGAGCUUCGGCUCGGACUUUCCUGUUCUGCGUCUGCACUCUGACACAGGCAGAGAGUUCUCCUCUGGCCUUCUGCGAGCCUACUGUCGUGCACGAGGCAUCCGCCAGACCUUCACGCUUCCGGACUCUCCACAGCAAAAUGGGAUUGCUGAGCGCCGCAUUGGCAUGGUCAUGGACGUCGCCCGUAUGUCCAUGAUGCAUGCGGCUGCCCCCCAUUUUCUGUGGCCGUUUGCGGUUCGGUACGCGGCGCAUCAGAUCAACCUUCAGCCCAGGGUCUCCAUGCUGGAGACCUCCCCAGCUUUGCUGUGGACCGAGAAGGUUGGUGAUGCAUCUGCGUUCUGUGUCUGGGGAUCUCGGGCGUUUGUCCGCGACUUGUCUGCGGACAAGCUGUCCCCUCGUGCUGCUCCUUGUGUCUUCCUGGGUUUCCCCCCUGACGCGCAAGGGUGGCAGUUCUACCACCCCACCUCUCGCCGUGUUCUCUCCUCCCAGGACGUCACGUUCGACGAGUCGGUCCCCUACUACCGUCUCUUCCCCUACUGCACUCCGUCCCUUCCCCCGCCACUGCUCUUCCUUGUGCCAGGUCCCCCCCCGGUAGACCCCCUCCCCCCUCAGGGUCCUGCCCCUUCUGGUUUGUCCCAGGUAGACGCUGUUGAGCCUAUCGAGGUCGCUGGUGACUCUGGUGCUGCUGAGGGUGCUGAGCCUGGGGGUGCUGACUGUGGGGGUACUGCGCGCGUGGGUGCUGAGCCUGGGGGUGCUGCGUCUGGGGGUGCUGCGACUGGGGGUGCAGAGCCUGGGGGUGCUGAGCGUGUGGGUACUACGCAUGGGGGUGCUGAGCCUGAGGGUACUACGACUGGGGGUGCUGAGCAUGGGGGUGCUGAGUCUGGGGGUGCUUGUUGA